AUGGUUAGCUUCAAGACCAUUGUGGCGGCUGCCGCUGCGCUGCUCCCUGCCGCGCUCGCGGAUGCCGACCACUUCAUCCUGACCGAGGUCAACUCGCUCGUCCAGGCGCGCAUCGACCCGACCAUCAACGGGGGCAAGGUCGGCUCUCACGUGCACAACAUCAUGGGCGCGUCCAACUUUGGCACGAACCUGAAGCACCCUGACAAUCUCAUCGGCGGCGCCGAGUGCACGACCGUCAUGGUCAACGACGACAAGUCCAACUACUGGACGCCGACGCUGUACUACAUCCACGACAACGGGACAUACGAGGCCAUGUUGGCCGGUGCGCGCAUCUACUACUUCCUGAAGAGCGAGAAGGUCCAGCCAUGGCCCAAGGGCAUGCGCAUUGUGUCCGGAACGGCCAUGAGCCGUGAUGAGAACGCGAUCCAGUCCCUCGGCGUUGACCUCACCUGCGGCGAGACGUACGGUACCCGCCACCUGCCCAACGGCACGAGCCACGACUACUGCGACUCGAUCCACGCGGGCAUCUACUUCCCCUCGUGCGGAUGGGCGAACCAGUCGCUCGACUCGUGGGACCACUUCUCGCACCUGACGUGGCCGAUCCAGCGCGGCGGCGGGCGAGAGUGGAUGGACAUCAAUGGCAAGACGUGCCCCGAAAGCCACCCGAUCAAGUACCCGACCAUGUUUAUCCAGCACUUUUACCGCUUUGACGAGUUCCGCCCCUGGCGCAAGGGACGCAACAAUGUCGUCUUCUCCAACGGCGACCUGCUCGGCACCUCGUUCCACGGCGACUUUGUCAAUGGCUGGAAGGACGGCGUGCUCGAGGACGUCGUGUCCCAGUGCAAGGUGCCCCACGGCGUCGGCGACCAGACCGACCAGUGCGCCCCGCUCAAGAAGAGCCACAACGUCGAGUCGGCACGCACCUGCGCGUACCAGGGCAUGAUCCCCGCCGAGGACGUCGGCGUGUACCGCGCCAUCGACAAGCUUCCCGGCUGCAACCCGCUCUGGCCCGUCGAGGCCGGCGACGAGAAGCCCAAGUGUGACAACGCCGCUACGCCGGGCUGGGUCAAGCCGAACAUUGCCUUCAAGCAGGGCUUCCUGAACCGCCUCCCGCUCUACCUUCCCAACAUGGUCCCGGAGAGCAUGAGCUUCAACUGGCGCAACUGGGAGGCAGGCUCCUGGGGCUCCCUCUUCGGCAACGCGGACAGUAUCCAGAAGCCUGACUCUCAGGCUGCGCAGACGGAGGCGCCCAACGACUCGGUGGCCGGAAGCCAGCUGAACACCGGCCCCGUCUUCGACCAGGACCAGCCCCUCGACGCCCCCGUCAUCAUGGACCAGGACUACGCCACCUUCCCCGCCGAUAUCACCGGCACCCCCAUCGUGACCUACAAGGGCAUGCCCGGCAAUGUAGACAUCUUAGGCAACCCCAUCGACCCGAAGGAGACUGGCGCCGCUGGGCCCCAGCUCGACGCGGGAGACAAGCAGAAGGCCAACGCGCAGCCGACCGCCGCCCCCGGCGUCCAGUUCACGGAGCAGGACAACGAGGCCGCUCAGAACGCCUCGGCCUCGGGAUCCGCUGCCUCGUCGCUCACGGCUUCCGCCGCCUCUUCUACGUCGGCCGCCGCAUCCAAGCCUACGCAGGACGAGAAUGCCUCCUGGCUCGACGUCCCCGAGGGCGACGAGGAGGAUGAUGAGCCCGCCUCCUCCGCCGCUUCGUCCGCCACCUCGGGCUCCGUUGCUUCCUCCGCCUCCUCGGCUGCCACGUCCGCCUCGUCCGGCUCCGUCGCCUCCUCCGCAUCCGCCGCCCCGACCUCGACCUCCGGUCCCAAGUUCGGCAAGCACGGCAAGAAGUGCCGUCCGAAGGGCCACAAGGGCCAGGGCCACAGGGGGAACAAGCGCCGGCUCCAUUAA